GGUGGGGAGAAGAGCUGGAGGUGCAGCUGGGGAGAGGAAGAGCAGAGCACCCAGCAGCUAAUCACAGACUGCCAAGGUUCGGGAAGCACAGGAAAGGAAAAGGAGAGCAGCCGUUCAACAUGAGCAACUACGAGAGGCUGAAAGACGAUUCCCCCAUCACUCAGAAUCCACCUCCUUACUCUGACAAAGACUCCCAUGAAGACCCUGAGCCAACAAAACCUCUUAUUGGACCAGAACCCCACCGCAUGGGAUGGCCCUCUAACCCUGUGCCAUCCCAGUACCAACAUUAUGGUGCAGCUGGUGCAGGAUCCCACCAGGUUCCGAUCCUUCAACUUCCGCAGACCACCAUCCUCAUUCGUGGUCCACCUGCCAAUGAACCCGAUUACCUGGCGUACUCUAUCUGUACCAUGCUUUGCUGCUGCCUCCCCCUGGGAAUUGCUGCCUUAAUUUACUCUAUGCAGACCCGAGAAGCCAACCUUAAUGGAGAUGUCAUAGCUGCCAAGCGAAACUCCAGGAUGGCACGCCUUUUGGCCAACACAGCCCUUGGGGUGGGAUGCGUCUUCGUUGUUGUGUAUAUCAUAAUACUGGCAAUUAUGUAUACAAAUGUAAAAAAUCAGCAUCCACAUAACUAAGGAUUUGCCGCCUCCUGAAAGACCUCCCCACCACUGCACUAAUCAAAGAAGGCCUAGUUGGAUGUUGGGCUUUUUGAUUCAUUCCAUAACAGGGUGUGCUAAAGGGCUGGUAUACACAUGCAUGCGGAUCACAUGAUUUCUAUUGAAUUUAAGCAAUGACAAGCAGUGAACCCUAUUCUACCAAGGGAAAGUAAUCAAAGUAUCCAUAUGCUCUUCACAUAGCAAGCGACGGGCAUCACGGAUGAUUCCUUUCUGAUACACAAGCAAAUAGGAAAUAGGAAAUAUUAAGUUGCAUCCGGUGCUUCGAAUACCUGUAUUCUCACCCCACAAAUUUUAGCCCAAGCUCUGCAGCAGAGGGGCAGUGAAGGUGUGGCCGCGGGGGUCAAAUAGUGAGGCUUGCAGGAGUCCUGAAGUGCAUCAUCCCUGCCUUAACACUAAAUAGAAAGAUGUGUCUUGAACGUGAAUUAAAUGCCACCGCUUGUAUUCA